CGCAAAAUCCCCACAGCCGCAGGUUCGUUCCAUUUUAUCUAUGCUUCAAAAUAUAAGACCACCAAUCACAAAACAAACCGUUCAAAUACAAUGGAAGAAGAAGCCAAAUCAUUCCUCAAAACAUACUCGCUCAUAUUUACAUCUCUUUCUUAUUCUUAUUUCAUCGUCUCCAAAAUCCCACCUGGAAAAUUCAGAUUAUUUUCUCUCUUACCAAUCUUCACUCUAUUUACCAUUUUACCCUUUUCUUUCUCCUCUGUUCUUCUUGCAGGAAUCACUGCUCUUUUCAUCACUUGGCUUGGAAACUUCAAGCUUCUUCUAUAUGCUUUCAAUCAUGGCCCUUUAUCAAAUCAUCAGCCCAUCAAAAAUCUAUCAUUUCUUCAAUUUUUACUAAUUUCAGCUUUUCCCAUCAAAAUUAAAGACCCAUUUACCCGAAUCCGAAAACCCACUUCCAAAUUUUUGCCCUUAAAUUUCUGGUCUGAAACCCUAAUUUUCUCCAUUUUUGUGGGUAUUUGUGAUUUUUAUAAACAAAAUUUAAAUCAUGGGUUGAUUUUUGUGAUUUAUUGUUGUAUGUUGUAUUUAUUCAUUGACAUUAUUAUGAGUGUUAGUAAUACAAUUGUGGGGUCCAUUAUGGGUUUUGAGCUAUUUCCACCGUCAGAUGAGCCUUAUUUAUCAUCAUCUAUCAGUGAUUUUUGGGGAAGAAGAUGGAACCUCAUGGUAACAGAUAUACUGCGUCACACUGUGUAUAAACCCACAAGGGUAUUUUUAUCCAAUUAUAUAGGCCGAGAUUGGGCUUCUGUUAUUUCUGUGAUAGCGGCGUUUGUGGUAUCUGGGCUAAUGCAUGAGCUGAUUUUUUAUUAUAUGGCACGUGUGAGUCCCUCGUGGGAAGUUACUUGGUUUUUUGUGUUACAUGGGCUUUGUGUGGUUUUGGAGUUUUGUUUGAAAAAGGUUUUGGGCCGGAAAUUGGGCCUACAUUGGGUUAUUACUGGCCCGUUGACUGUUGGGUUUGUGAUGGGCACUGGAUAUUUGUGGUUCUUUCCACCACUUGUUAUGAACAAAGUCGAUGUAAGAGCUAUUGAGGAGGCUAUGACUUUGUAUGAGUUUAUUAAGGGGAAAUUAAAAAAAAUGUUAUAAUAUGAAAUUGUAAUUCUUUUGAUAUUUAUUAAAAUUUUGUAAUCAAUUUCGAUUAUAUUUUACUUUAAAAAUAUUGUUUAAAAUUUUAACCUACCUUUUAAAAUUUUAUU